CAACUGCCCCCCUGAAGUAACCAAAGCUCAGAGGAAUCUGAAAGCCUGCAACUGCAAUAAGCUUCAUUUAACUGCCCUUGCGACACAGCGCCGCUGCCCAGGGGCAUACCACCAAGCAUCUGCAGCGGCCGCUGCUUUGGCUGAAUUCAAGUGGUAACAGUGACGCGCCAUUUCCAUUGCAGUUUCAUCUCUCCAGAGGGCUGUGUGUGCUUUAAUUAGGAUUGUCCAGAUUUCUUUGAGGUGGCGAGAGGCAAGGGCCAGGGGUGACAAAUGACUGUCGGGUGUUGCUGUUUCUAUUUCUGGCAGGGAGAGCUUUAAAGCAACAGAACAACAGUGCACAGUGCCUCAAGCUGCGCCCAGGGAUGGAGGGGCUGAAGGAAACGGAGAACAGCACCUCUGGGAAGGCUCUGUGCCCUCUAGAAGAAAGCUAUAAAUACAUCUUGUUACCCCUCACUUACAGCUCCGUCUUCGUGCUGGGGCUGCUCCUCAACGGAGCCAUGCUGUGGCUCAGCUGCUGCCGUGCCAAGGGCUGGACCUGCACCACCAUCUACCUGGUGAACCUGGCCGUGGCGGACCUGCUCUACCUCUUCUCUUUGCCCUUGCUCAUUGUCAACUACAUCCUGCAGGACACGUGGCCUUUCGGAGAGCUGCUCUGCAAACUGGUACGUUUCUUGUUUUACGCCAACCUGUACGGCAGCAUCCUGCUGCUGACCUGCAUCAGCGUCCACCGCUUCCUGGGUGUUUGCUAUCCCAUCCGCUCCAUACCCUACCGGACCCGGCACCUGGCUGCCACCGGCACAGCCACGUCCUGGGCGCUGGUGUUCCUGCAGCUCCUGCCCACCUCAAUCUACGCUCGCACCGGCGUUAUCAAUAACCACACCGUCUGCUACGAUAUGACAAGCCCCGAGAACCUCAGCAGCUAUUUCCCCUAUGGCAUGGCUCUCACCGCAUCUGGUUUCCUCUUUCCUUUCCUCAUCAUUUUAGCCUGCUAUUGCCUGAUGAUCCGAAGCCUCACCCGGCACUCCAGAGAUGCCAGCCCCACCAGCAGUGCCGCCCGAGCCAAGUCGAUCCGAACCAUUUUCCUAGUCUGUGGGCUUUUCUCUGUCUGCUUGCUGCCGUUUCACAUUACCCGCAGCAUUUACCUCUUCAUUCGCGUGUACCGCGUCGCUGACUGCCAACUCCUACAGCGCUGGAGUUUGCUUUACAAGAUCUGGAGGCCACUGGUGAGCCUCAACAGCUGCAUCAAUCCCCUUCUCUACUUUCUUUCUGGUCAGACUACCAGAGCCAGGCUUGCUUUGGAGCUGGGACUGCUCAAGGCAGGUCCUCUUGCCAGCAGUGACGUGAAUGCAGAGGGGAUGGAUGCUCCAGCAAGACUCACCCCUUGCUGAGGAAGCACAUCCCUGCUGCCAUCUCACAGCGCUCCAGAUUUGUUCCACUUUGCUGAGUAGGAGACUUGGAGAAGAGCCAUAAAACUCACCCACACAACAACAGCAAGAAGUUUAAAUAAGAUUCCUCCAGAGUGAGGGCAAACUGUAGUGAGGACAAAUUUGGGUGAAGAACACAGGAGGCAUUUUUAUGAAAGACUGAGAGGCAAGUUGUCCUCCUUUCCUGAGCCACCCAUGCCCAAAUAAAGCCAAAAAGCACCCUUUCCAAAAGGCUUCUGGCGUUUGGGGUUUUUUACAACUUUUUUUUUUUUUUUUUUACAAUUUUUACAACUACUGCUUCUAGUAGUAAAGAGGGCUGCAUAGAAAAAUUGUAGUGAAUAACUGAGGAAGGCACCAGAGCAGAAGAAAGCAAUCAUCUCCUGCCAUUAGUUAGGUAACGAAUUUUUAAAACGCUGUUAGCGUAUUUCAAAAAGCUACCCUCAAGGACGAUUACCACCUAUCUACUAUUUCCUUGGCAGGGUCCGCCACACCAGCACCUUCGCUAAAGGGUAGCAACUCCUUCUGUUCACAUUAAAUGCAUGAUGAAGAGAGGCUUUUAGCUUACACAUUUCAGAAAGGUAACAGAAUUAUUCUCCAGAGAAUCUUCACAUGCAGCUUAGCUGCCCUGCAGAUCGUAGCAGCGGGAGCCAAAGGUUUCAGGGAGCUCACUGGCCAAGAAGCGACCAUUUGCCUAACCCAAGGCAAUUAGAAAUGUUAACACACCGUUCGCAUGCAGUUACAGUCCGGCCCCGAAACCUUCUGUUCCCUCUGCACAGGCAGCUCAGUGGAACAGCUCACCCAGUGCUCAGGGGAAUCGGGAGCUUCAGCCUCUCCCCUCCCACAGUGUCAAACCCUGUCACAUUUUGCUUAAACGCUGUGGGCACCACGGGACAGGAACAAGCUCCGACUACCUGUGCAAAACUUCACGUGCAAGAACACGAUAAAAACCUUGGCAGGUACUGUAACAAAAAUAUAGUUUGAAUUGUUGUUCCCAGAAAGCGCUAAUGACUUUCAACCCCAUGUUUGAGCUACAGGCAACUGUAGAGCCACCAGUGCCCACAACAGCUGAGCACACGCCUGUGUUCAAGCCAGCUGGGAGCAGGGGUUAUUCAGAGAGGAUGCAAGGUAAGGUAACAGGGGCUGCCAGCCAUACGGGAACUAGAAAACACUACAAGAGUAAGAGGAAUUGUCUUAGAGGCUGACAACAAAUGGUCUAGCUGGGACGCUGCGUGGCCACAACCACACAAGCAUCAGAAUCAAAACACCAAAAAGGCAGAAAACCAGCCACGCUGCACACCCAAGAAGUGCAGAGACACAGCAGCAGAAAGCAAACUUCAGAAAAACCAAGAAACUGGGUCCCAUUUGCUAAUAACCUCUGCAUAAUACUCAACAUUAAGGAAGUUGGCAAAAAAAGCCCCAAAAUUAAAAAAAAAAUAAAAAAUGUUUUCCAAGACAUCUCUGCAACAACAGUAACUGCUUCUCUCCAAAGGGGAAGGGCAGACCAGAUGGCCAGGACAUGGUAACUGCUUCAGCUAUCCAAUUUUACAUAUGCUGACACAAGCCAGAGCCCAGACUAAACAGACAGAACGACUUUGAUUUAUUUUACCAACAUUUUCUCCUUAUUUAAAUAAAAAAAAAAAGCCAAAACCUUUCCUUCAGAUGUUCUAGAUCAGCUCCAUGGGAACUCUAGGCAGAAGUGCAUUCGCUUUCUUCCCAACCGAAGCAUGGUUGGUGUAACCACAGUAACACGGGCAAACUCAACCAGGGGAUCCAGAUUCCGCCACCCAGUCAGCCAAGGCUGCUUCUAUUUCUUCCUCUAACAUUCAGCAGACGGAGGCUUGGCACUGAGACACAGCAGCCUGAAUUUCCAAUCUGUUGAUUCAAAUUCAACUGAGGUAGGUAACAACUGAAAUCCACCACUUCUGACAACUGUUUAGGCGGCCACGCAAGCUGGUCUCAGCACCGUUCCUCGUGGCUAGGAACAAACAAAACCGCUCCUGCUGCCUUGCUCUGGGGCCACCUCAAACACAGGCUCCUUGGGAGGGUCUGGAUGAAGAAGAGCUCCCUACCAUUGCUGCCAGAAAACUUCCAAGGUCCCGGAGGAUAAGCAGCUUGUUCAUAAGCACCAUCUCUAUGGCACAAAUGCUUUUGUUGUUCUUAGUAACCAGUAUUUAUGAAAAAACCUCAAAUACGGGAAAACAUUUGCAUGCUCUGAGAACACCACAAGAUCUGAAGCACUGCAGUGUCACGCGGGCAGCUACUCCGUUACUGAAUGUUUGAAAGAGAUUAUUUCAUGAUUCAUACGCACUGAAGUUUAAAUAUUUACAGAGCAUUUCUGUGCUUUAACCACUUCCUUUUGAAGAGGUCUGCAUGAAACAGCACACUGUGUGACUAGGGCUGUCCGGCUUCCCAUUCACGCCAAGGUACAUCUGCCCCAUUCAACAGAACACAGUGUGAAUGUAUUAGGAAGAGAGAUUUUCACAUUAUUCAGAAAUGCAGCUCACCUGAACAGCUCUGCUUUGCCUCCUUGUUUGGCUAUCUGCAGAACAGAAGCAGUGAGAGAGCACCGACAGCGGUAAGGUAUGCAACAGAAUAUUAACCAAUUUUUUAAAUAAGAAAGGCUAUCGAAACAUCCAGCAAUAAUCCCUAAAGAGGGGAAAAAAAAAAAACCAACCACCAUAAAAAACACCAAAAAAAACCCACCACAUCCAAUGGAAAGGAACAGAACCACCCAAAAGGCACAGCACCUCUGGAAGUGCCCCGUGCCUGGGUGUACCCCAUGCGAGCAGAGGCAACAGCAGAGAUGAUAACAUCAUUCAUAUUCUUCAUAAGUUACACACCCCUCAGAAACUUGCCCAGAUAAAUAUAGUAGUAAACAGUAGUUCAGCACAGUAUUUUGUUAAAUUUAUUAACUCCUCUAUAAACAUCUCCAAACAAGUGUACACAUCCACCAGCAGAAUUUACUCAGACCAUCACAAUCCAAUAGCAGAGCCCAACCCGUAAACUCUGUACUGAGGGGG